AUGGACCAGCUGCCCAAGCGCUCGGCCAACUACGUGCCGCUGAGCCCCGUGGGGUUCCUGCCGCGCGCCAAUGCCGUCUACGGCGACCGCGCGUCCGUCAUCUACAGGCGCGUCCGCUUCACCUGGCGCCAGACGUACCAGCGCUGCCGCCGCCUCGCGUCCACGCUCCUGUCCCUCGGCGUCCGCAGGGCGACGUCAUCUCCGUGCUCGCGCCCAACGUGCCGGCCAUGUACGAGAUGCACUUCGCCGUGCCCAUGGCCGGCGCCGUGCUCAACACCAUCAACACGCGCCUCGACGCCGGCGCCGUCGCCACCAUCCUGCGUCACUCGGGGGCAAAGCUCUUCUUUGUCGACUACGACUACGUGCGCCUCGCCAGCGACGCGCUCCGCCUCCCUCGCCGCCGACGGCACGCCCGCCGUCCCGCUCGUUGCCGACAUCGAUGACAUUGACUCGCCCACGGGGCCCGCCUCGGAGAGCUCGAUGGGGGUGACCACCGAGUCCGUCUACCUCUGGACGCUCCCCAUGUUCCACUGCAACGGCUGGACCUUCACCUGGGGCAUGGCGGCGCGAGGCGGCGUCAACGUCUGCAUCCGCGACGCGCGCCCCGCCGACAUCUACCGCACCAUCGCGCGCCACCGCGUCACCCACAUGUGCUGCGCGCCCGUCGUCUUCAGCAUCCUCCUCGAGGGCGACGGCGCCACCAGGCAGCUCGAAACCCCGUGCACGUCCUCACGGCGGCGGCGCGCCGCCGCCAGCUGCGCUGCUGGAGCGCGUCGAGCGGAUCGGCUUCAAGGUCACCCACGCCUACGGCCUCACGGAGGCGACAGGGGCCUGCGCUCGCGUGCGAGUGGCGGGACCAGUGGGACCGCCUCCCGCUCCCGGAGCGCGCGCGCCUCAAAAGGCGCGCCAGAAGUCAGCGUCCUGUCCCUCGCCGACGCCGAUGUCAAGAACGCCGACACCAUGGUCAGCGUGCCCCGCGACGGCAAGACCGUCGGGGAGAUCGUCCUGCAGGGCAACGGCGUCAUGAAGGGCUACCUCAACAACCCGGAGGCGAACGACAACGCCUUCAGGGGCGGCUGGUUCCUCACCGGCGACGUUGGCGUCGUGCACCAGGACGGCUACAUCGAGAUCAAGGACCGGUCAAAGGACGUGAUCAUCAGCGGCGGGGAGAACAUCUGCAGCAAGGAGGUGGAGGAGGUGCUGUUCCGCCACCCGGCAGUGGCCGACGCGGCGGUGGUGGCGAUGCCGCACCCCCGCUGGGGCGAGACGCCCUGCGCUUUUGUCGUACCCAGGAACAACGCUGCCGAACUCAGCGAGGACGACGUGCUCGCGUUCUGCGAGAAGCGCAUGGCGCGCUUCAUGGUUCCCAAGAAGGUGGAGGUCGUCGGAGCGCUACCUAGGAACGCGCUCGGAAAGGUUGAGAAGGUCAAGCUCCGGCAGGCGGCACGGAAGCUGGCGCCCACCGUACCGGCGCAGAAGCCGAAGGGGAAGACGACGACCUCCUCGACGACGGUCGGCGGUCGCCGCGAGGAGCAGCCGGUGGCGCACAUCAUGGCGGUGUCAAGGCUAUAG